AGUGGUAUCAGUAAGAAUACAGCGCAAUGUCUGGAAGAGGAAAAACCGGCGGAAAGGCGAGAGCUAAGGCUAAGACUCGCUCCUCCAGGGCAGGACUGCAGUUCCCAGUCGGCCGUGUCCACAGGCUGCUGCGGAAGGGAAACUAUGCCCAGCGUGUCGGCGCUGGAGCCCCGGUCUAUCUGGCCGCUGUGCUCGAGUACCUGACUGCUGAAAUCCUGGAGCUGGCCGGGAACGCCGCCCGGGACAACAAGAAAACCCGCAUCAUCCCGCGUCACCUGCAGCUCGCUGUGCGCAACGACGAGGAGCUCAACAAGCUGAUGGGAGGCGUGACCAUCGCUCAGGGCGGCGUGCUGCCCAACAUCCAGGCCGUGCUGCUGCCCAAGAAAACCGAGAAGCCCGCCAAGAGCAAGUAAACCAGCCUGACUGACCCGCGUUUAGACUUCACAAACCCAAAGGCUCUUUUCAGAGCCGCCCACCACUUCACUAGAGAGCUAUAUUCAUUGAUUUCUUCAUGCAUGUGAAAGCGAUACAC